AUGGCCGUCGACAUGUGGCAAUACUUGACUGCAAUUUGCAGCCUCGCCCAGCAGGGAGGUGCCAAAAACCAGACUGGAUGGCUUUUGAUCCUCAUCGAGUGUGGGCGUUACAGACUGCUCAUCGAGCACGGCAAGCAGCGCCGCCACGAGCUGGCCAUCUCCAGUGCGCUGCGCAUCUUGUACGAGUUGGCUUCGAAGAUGAGAAGGGAUGGGCCCGGUUUGCCAGCCACUUUGGACCAGGAUGGUCAGGGUAAUUGGCAGAUAGAGCUCAAGGAUCAGCGACAGCGUGGCUGUGCCGUGUGGGUCCUGCUGCAGGCAGCCAGAGGGCCGACUAAACACAGCCAGGGCAAAGCCUACGGUGGGCACGGCGGCAUGAGCGAGCUACCCAUAAUGAGGGACGCUGGCCCACCAUCCAGUAUGCAUCGGCACAGUGCAGGGGCAAAAAGCGGUCUUGCCUUGCUCGAGUUGGCGGCGUUGGGCAGGCGUCACCGCCAGCGAGACUCCCAGAAAGAGGUGAUCUUUGAUAGCCAGAGCGCGCAGCUGGUCGAUCAGAUGCACCAGCUGCCAAACAUGCGGUGCAUUGCAACAAGAUUAAUCGACAAGCCCCGCCGGUACAAGCCAGCGCAAGAGGUUCACGAGAAGCAGCUCACGUCGAGGCAGCUGGCCGAGGCGAGCAAGGCGGCAGGGGCUGCGGCGAGGGCCUGGUCCACGGACACGGAUAUGCUCUUCAACUCGGCUGCUGUCUGCGGCACAGGCAAGCGCUGA